AUGGACAAAGGGAGCUGUCUUGGUCGUGUUCCUUACAACUCGGUGAUCGGAUUCAUCCUUGUACUUGUCGGAGGUGGUGUUUUAUGUGGUACAAUAUAUUCUGGAAUUUCACGUAUUGAUACAUACUUUCGACUUUAUUUUUUUCCUGUUCACUCUUUGCCGUAUUUAAGAAUAGCUGCUGUUGUAAACGGAGCUGUAGCUGUUCUAUUAGCUUUUCUGAUUCUAAUAUUUUCAACACUUGUGAAUAAUGCUACACGAGGUCGUAUCUAUCGUGGUGACCGUUACAUUAUGGGUGGGCGUUGUUCAGCUGCUCUGUUUAUGUGCACCACAUAUGUAACCAUAAUAGUAUGGUUAAUAUUUUUGGCAUUCCUUGUUGUCCCUACAUUUUGUUGGGCAAUGUUUAAUUCCAUAUGUACUGCUGAAUUAGCUGAUGUAUGGCAUGGUCCAGGUGCACGACGUCCUGGUCCUGAUGGUCGUGUUGCACCAUCUUUAUCAGAAUUAAGAGAUCGUAAAGAGUAUCUAGAGGAGACGUAUACAGCUCGUCUUGCCUACUAUUAUCAAAAUCUUAACCUUGGUUAUACACCAGCUGAACCUGAUUCAGGUUUCAGGUCACCAUUUCCAAAUCUGAGAAAUUCAGCUAACAUGCCAAAUUAUCGUAAUAAUCGAUAUUUUUCUCCUGAUUUCAACUAUAUUUUUAAUUUGACACAUUAUGGUGUUUAUAUUAAACCGUGGAUGUAUGAUGAGUCAUUAAAUUAUCGUGAGGCUAUUACUUCAUUGGAUGAGUUUGCAAGAUUUUGUGAUGAAGUAAUGAUUGUGGGCCCAUUGUUUGCUUGUUCUUUGGGUGGUGCAGUUUUUGUUCUCCUUGGUCUAACCCUAUUUAUUGGCUCAUUAUCAGCCUAUUAUACUCGACUAAAGUUGACAAAGGAAUUAACCGACUUCAAACAAAGUAUUGCAUUAAGAUCACCAAAGAAUCAUGAUCAAACAGCUUACUUUUGA